CUUGCUGUUUUGGGGUACGUUAAGCAUUGGCAGUCAGCGAAGUGACAAGGACUGCAGAUCUAGGGUUAACUCGCUUAAUUUGCCAAGACUUUGAUUUAGCGCCCGCACAUAUCGAAAUCGACACCGACGACCUCUACGACUUGACGAAAAUCGCGACGACACCUUUCACCCGUAUUUCCUCGACAAUCCACCACCAGAAACGUCACCAUGUCGUCCAAGCGCGGUCGCGGUGCUCCCGGCAACAAGCUGAAGAUGACCCUGGGUCUGCCUGUUGGAGCGGUUCUUAACUGCUGCGACAACUCUGGCGCCCGUAACCUCUACAUCAUCUCCGUUAAGGGCAUUGGUGCACGUCUCAACCGCCUGCCGGCUGCAGGUGUUGGUGACAUGGUCAUGGCCACCGUCAAGAAGGGAAAGCCUGAGUUGAGGAAGAAGGUCAUGCCUGCCGUUGUUGUCCGUCAGAGCAAGCCCUGGAGGCGACCUGACGGCAUGUACCUCUACUUCGAGGACAACGCCGGUGUUAUCGUCAACCCCAAGGGUGAGAUGAAGGGCUCUGCCAUCACCGGCCCCGUCGGAAAGGAGGCUGCCGAGCUCUGGCCGCGUAUUGCCAGCAACUCCGGUGUUGUGAUGUAAAGCGUGUCCUCUUCUUCGGUGUUUCUUGUCUCAGUUUCCGGUGGUUUGAUGGUUGCUUUGGGUUGAACCUGCGUCCCUCCCACUAGCGGAUAAAAAUGGAGUAGGCUCAAUGCAUUAGGCAAAAAGUCUAUUAUGGAAAUUCAAAAUAGACGUCAAGUUCCACGAUACAGUUUUACUUC